AGCCAAUCACAGUGGCGCAUUUUCACCACGUGAGGGGGAGAUGCUCCAGCACCAAAUAUCUGCUAGACGAAGGAGUUUUUGUAGUUUAUCCACAAAGUGAACCCGUUUUCUCCCCGUGGAGACAGUAGAAAAAAACAAAGGAAAAGAUUUCUGCGGUUUUGAUCGGAAGUGAAUUCGAUUAGUCGUCAUCAACUUCCUCGAGGGGUACCACGUGCGUUUCACUAGAUAACAUGUUUGAUUAAACACUUUUGGAUUAAUUUAAGUGACAGCAGAAAUGGAGGCCUGGUGUUCCUCAUAAAGCUGUACUCGGUGAUGGUUUCUUUAACACCUAUUUGUAUUUUCCAGUCUACUUUGACAAUGUCGACUAAGUUUAUCCGGUUUUGAAGAGCCACGUUACACCGCUAACUCUACCCUGACAGCACGUGUUUGGUUGCUGCUUCUGUUACGCACGCGCUGAUAACUCGCGGCAACCACGGCACGAGACGCACCGGUAGGAGCACCUGGACAGACCGCUGCGGGAUGGAGUUUGAGGAGUCCGGUAUUGGGGAGGAGUGCGGGGUUUUCGGGUGUGUGGCGGCCGGAGAGUGGCCCACGCAGCUGGAGGUGGCUCAGGUGUUGACUCUGGGACUGGUGGCGUUACAGCACAGGUGAGUCAAGGACAGGUGUGUGCUCCAUGGGUGGCAUACAUCAGUGACAGGUCAAAUCAAGAGCCUUUCUUUACAGCUUUGGGAUGUAAUGCACAAGAAGUAUACUCUAAAAAAGUCUGAAGUUGCAAAAAUUCCCAAAACCCAAUAUUUUAGUGACAAAAUCAUAAAUUGUUUACUGUAAAAGUGGAAUUUAUCACAUUAUUGGGAAGGAAACAGGCCACCUUAAGUGUCUCAUUCCGGACUCACAUAAAGUCUUUGUUUUGGUGAGUAUAGUGUGAAAGAAUUUCUCGUGACUCGAGGCCACAUUGUUUCUCAUAGUUAUGUCUCAAUAACGUAGCAAGAAGCCAGGAAAUUUUUUAACAAAUGGCAUGAAACCGGCAACAAUUAAUUGCCUUUUGGUCGACCAACAGAUGAAUCACUUACUAGUUCAAUAAUCGAUUAACCAGUUCGACUUUUGUCCAUGAAAAUGGUGCCCACAUUCUACAAAUUAACUCUUUAAUGCAAGAAAACCAGAUAUUUAAACUCCUGUAUGACAAUUUGUUGUCUGUCUUUGGUUGUGGACAGAAGACAUUUUUAUGGAAAUAUUCUUGGAUGUUUGGGUUUAUUUAGAUAAUUCUGGGGUUUUAGGAGAAGUUUCUUAGCUUCAAAUGAAAUGCUCUUGGUUUCUUCUGUGUUCUUUGGGUGAAAUUUUUAUGGCUCUGUUCUUAUACUUCAUUUCAUUUGCAAAUCGUCAAGGAACUCUGUAAAUCACUGUUUUUGUAAGCGCUAGUGCUAGACAAAGUAAUAAAUUGGUUGAGAAAAAUGUACUCUAACAAUGGUAAUUAUUAGGCAACACAACAGUUACCUGAGAAAAUACGAUUUAAAUGAUUACUGUCAAGAGUAUGCCAUUUUGAAAAUGUACAACACGUGUCAAAUCUGGUUGAAGAUUUGCAUUUAAAUAUUUAAAUACCCUCAACAGGUCAGAUACUCGAUUUUACUCAGAACAAAUCAAGAUGCAGAUUUUUUUUCCUAGAUUAAAUUAAUGAAUCAUAUUGUUUCUAAUGUCAAUAUAAAAAGAUAAAAAUAACCUUAUAAAUCUUCACAGCUCAAAGAGAUAAACUAUGGUCUCAUAGUCUAAAGAUAUUUCAUGGGAGAUAAUAGCAGUUAUCACCUGUCUGUCAGGGGACUGGUCAGGAGAGGCCAUUGACCGGACUGAAUUGAUCUUUAUUAUGGGGAUGUGAUCCUCCUCUUCUUUACAUUGGACCCCCAUGUUAUCAGCAGAUCCAGAGUGUGAGUUCAGCUUUUUCGAUGCAAUUUCAACUGCAGAGUCUGAAACAGAAGAAAAUGCAGGGUGGUCAUUAUCCCCAUUUUACCGACUAAUGCGUAUACAGUACUUCUGAGCUUCUUCAUCUUUCACUGAACUCCCUCCAGACUCGUGCCUUAUGUUAGCAGUCACCACUGUGUCCUUACUUCAUUAUCAGCCUCAUCAUGGGACUGGGUCACAAUCUACAAACGCUUCAGUCAAUGAGGACGACAUGUGACACACAAAGUGAUAACAGAUGGAGGCACAUUUCAGACCUUGAUCCGUAGACUUUCUCUUUCUUCUGCUUGGUGAAACAGUCUUUUUCUCUGGCUCUUCACUGUUUUCUGAGGGACCUGUAGAUAAAGGAAAGAACAGUGAGAAACCAACACACAAGGACUUUUCUCAAAGCAAAAUAUCAAUGAAACAAUGUUGAGAUUAUGUGACCCCCUCUGACAAGACAGAUGUUCAUAUAGAGCUAGGAUAAAUCAGUGUAACAUCAGAGACCCAUUUGACUUUUUAUUGUCUCCUUUAGUUUGACUCACUGUAUCCCUACUUCAUGCAUCCUCAUGGUGGUGCUAAUGAUUUAAUUGCAGCAUCUCUCAGUUGACUAUGGUGUGACACAUCAAUGAUUAAUUGUUUUAUAGUUAUGUAUCAGAAACCUUGUGUCACAAUAAAUUUGCUGUCCUUGGCCUUGUUAACUGAAAGAGAAAAGGUCUCACUUUUGGAUUCCCCUUUUAAUAUUCUGAAAAUAAAAGUGGAAUUCUAAAAAGAAAAAUGUCAAAAUUCCAUCCAAAAUACAUGAGAAUCCAGAUUUUGAUCUUUUUUAAAAAAAGUUUCAAAUCUGCGAAAAAUUCGGAACACAGAUUUUGCUCGUAAAAUUAUGUGAAAAAGUUGCAUUUCUUAAAGAAGAGUUAGAACUCUGAGAAAUAAGAAGCUUUCUUGAUGUGUGGCCUUCACAUUUCAUGCUGUGAUUGGGAGUUUUCCAUCCCAGAUUUAUAAAGACAGUGGAGACCUUCACGUCUGUUCGUGAUUUUGUGGUAUGCAGCUCUCAGAGAUUCUCAAACUCUCACAGAAAAAUGUUUUUUUUUUUUCAAAAUGCAAAUUUCUACAGUUUCCACGGAAGCACAGUCUUACAUUCAUCAGACAUAAAUAGAUGACUUUUGUGCUUACUCUUGAGUUCAUGCCGAAGAUCUGUGCGCUCCCCCAGGACCGGCUGGAUUCUUUUUUGUUUGUUAUUUGCAGGAACAUUGGGGCCCUCAGAGGACACAGAAUCCGAACUACAGGUCUUUUCCUCCAUCUCUGAUGCUGUAGUACUGUCUGAGUUUAUCUUGGUCGGAUUGACAUCUAUGUUCUCGUUGUCCUCACAGUUCUCAGACAUGGAGUGUCUUUCUGAGUCUUUGUUAUUUGCAGCAGGUGCAUUCCUUGAGGAACCGUUUCUUGUGCGGUUCAUUAUCGCAUCCACCUCGUUGUAGAACCUCAUGAUCUUCCUGGGGUCAGUUUCUUCGGUCAUCCCUCUCUGGAGCGAGCGGUAGAGGUACUUGAGGUUUUUGUACUUUGUGUGACACUGCUUCCAGUCACGAUCGAUGCCCUGCUGCAUCAGUCUGUUGGAGAUCUGGACGAAGAUGUCUCUCUUUCUGGUUGAGCUCUCCAGCUGCCGGCACACACGCUCGUCGGACCAGACUUGAACCAGAGCUCGGACCUCCUGUUCACUCCAGUUUCGGCCCGCAUCUGGCACGGUGACCACGUGGAAGUGAUCGGGGUGAUCUAAAGGGUGAAAGAUGAACCAGGAUAUAAAAGUUAUACAGAUCAGAUAAGAGGAUACAAGUAGAACAGUGAGGCUGAACAAUCGAUUAGAAAGUCGUUUUCACAAAAACAAACAUUUAUAUUGAAACAAAGUCUGAGUUUAUUGCAACAAAUAUGUAAAACUUUUAUAUAAAAUGCAACAUGUCUCAUUCAGUGUGUGAACAUUUUACCUGUUUGAUGUAAGGCUGGGUUUAAACUUGUGACUUUACACCAUUUUGAUUCAGUCAAAUACAGCCGAACUUAAGGUCAAUAAUACUCUGUUUAGUAUAGAAGUUAUAUAAACAGAUUUUGGAUAUUUGGAUUUAUGAGUGACAAACAAAAGUUUUGUGUCAGCUAGAAAAUUUGACUUUGAACCAGCAUGAUUACAGAAUUGCAUUCCCUGUUAUAAUGAAGAACAAUCCAAUAGUUCAUACUAUUUUCUCAUGUAAGGGCCUGUGUCCACUAAAAGCAUUUUUUGCAUUGGCAGCGUCACUCAACACCCUGAACACAAUGUUAGCUGUGUUUUCUUUAGUUUGUUAUUUGGUUGUUUUGUUACACACACUAAAAAUAUUUCAACUUUCAGAGCAUUGCCAUGCUCACCAGUGUCCCUUCUCUGUCUUUACCAAUCAUAAUCAAGAAGGGGCGGGACCCUCAAUAUCAGCUUUGCCAAGAACAAUUGCAAAGCAGAAUCUGAUCCCAGGUAACCAAUCCAAUUUGCCAGAUCACUGAGGGGUUCAAUUGAAAAUUUUGCAAUCAUAACAGCUGUCUAUAAGCCUUUUCAAACAUCUUCUGUUUGAUCCAGACUACUGCACUAGAGAGAAAAUCAUACUGUUUAUAAUACAGCGUUUAUAGGUGCAGCUCAGUACCUGAUCACCUUUCAACUAACCAAAGUAACAUUUUCCAGUCCAGAGUUGCUGCUGACAGAUUUUCCCUUUAAAGUUGCCUUACAGACCUACUGCUACAACCAGAAGUGAAAGCACUACACUCUUUGUAAUCGAGUUUUAUAUAGGUGUGUUAGUUCACUGAAAAUUAAAAAAUGUAACUUUAACAGCACAAAAAAAAAAAAAAAAUCUAUUAUUGGACUCAGGCCCUGAUUAGGCUGCAAGAGGCGAAACAGCAACUUUUCAGACUUUUCUCCCUCAUCAAGAUCACGCAUUUAAAUUUAAUGAUGAUAUACCUAUAAGGUAAAUUAACCUUGCUGAGAGCUAGUGUGAGAGCAAAGACUCCUCACUCCUCAAGAUAAGUAAACAGUAGAGACAGAUGUCACAAGCUCGGCAAACAGGCUGUGCUCAGUUAGCAUGCAGGUAGCCAGCUAGCUGAGGGGUUUGGUAAAAGAGACGGUCGUUAUCUGCAUAAUAACUCCACCUUGCAGAACACAAUGGUACACAAUGGUCGUCUUCACACAAAACGCAGUUCACACUUCUUCUUAUUGGGACCUUAGAUCUUGACCAAGGCUUGUGGCUUUAAUCAAAUAGAAAUUAUUGUAAAAUUUUGGAAUAUAGAUUUUUGUUGGAAGUCUGUUCUGUGGGUCUUUUUUCUUCCUCCACACAUUUCACUGAAUAGUUUGGAUUGCGCCCAAGACAAGAGAUUUAUGUGGCCCUCAAACCAUAAAACCGUUUCGCAUAAAAACUAUGAUAGUAAAGGAUGUUUUCAUGUUACAUUUAGGCAUUUAUAACAGAUUGUUGUCAGCUGAGAUGCACUGAUCCAUGCAUCAUUACACUUGUAGUUAAUGGUGUUGCAUACCCGUUCUUUUCCACUUUGCUUCUCCAUCUCCGUUUAUGUCACAAUCAUUACUGUCUAAACAAAAAGAAGCAGAAUAAAACUUAAUUUUUCUGUCAGUCUAGAAAGAAAAACUACUGAAAGUCCUGCAGACUGAAAACUUACCAUCAUCGAUUUCAAUGACAACCUCACUCUCUGAUCCUGGAGUCGGCAGUCUCUGUGGCACCAAUUCUCCAUCAUACAGCCUCUUCUGCAUCUCCACCAUCCCGUCCUCCAGCCCGCGGUCCAGCAGGAUGGCGUCCACCUCAUCAAAGAACUUCAUGUACUUCCCAGGCCCUCCUGAGCCGUUUUCUGCAGCAGCAUGAGCGCUUUUUGCCGUCUUGUAGUCAUACUUUAGGUUCUUGUAUUUAGUCCGACAUUGUUUCCAGUUUCGCACCACACCAAAGUUCCUCUGCAUCUGAUAGGACAUUUCCUGGAAGAUGCAUUUGUUGCGUAACGUGCUCUUCAGGCGUUCUCUGACCCGGCGGUCGGCCCAGACACACAGCAAGGCUCGAACCUCGUCAUCAGUCCAGUGGCGGCCUCCCUCCUCUGUCACACUGGGAUUGUAAGGGGAAGGUCUGUGGAUUUGAGUCCGGUGGCCUUCAAAAACAAAGCAGCUUGUUGGAAGUAUUGAUAUGAAUUCAUCAUUUAUUGGAAAUGUAUUUUAAGUAAAAAUUUUCUACUGCAAACUUCCGUGUCAAAAAUGCCUGUUAAUUUUCUCCUCCUCAAUGUUUUUGCUAAAAUGCUUUAGGCAAAACUCAAAAUAUCAAACAUUUCUUUUAGAGGAAAGCAGCAACAUUUGCAUCAAUUACAGUGUGACUAUUUGAACCAUUUGAGUCAUCAUCAAACAUCUGAGGACGAGCAGAAAUAUUCACUGAUGUCAGUUUAUCUGGCUUAUAUUGUUUGAGUUGAGAUAAAGAGUCAUAUCUAAAUGGUACAAACUCCACUAAAAGCUUCUUUAACAUGAACACAAAAAGACAUCCUCAUCGUAAAGUAACCUAAGUUUCUGAUCUGCUGUGAGAAGCAUUUCAUCAUGCAGCUCCCUCACUAAACAUCCUAUAUCUUCUUAAAUUAAAAAAUUGUUCAUAUUUUAAGUUUUUGAAUAUACAGAAACCUUUGAAGUUUAAAAAAUUGCCACUCAUUUUUAGUGAGAUUGGUCUCAUGCAAAAGUGGCGGAACUGCAAGUUAAGGGCAAAGUACCUGCACAAGUGCUUUUCUCUCAACCUUCAUUAGACUGAAACUCCUAAAACUGAGUGCAUAAUAUAAAUUAGUAAUAAAUCUUUGGAUAUAAAUGCUGAAAAAAUUGAUAAAUGAGACAAAACAUACUUAUUGGGUCUCAGCGCCCACCCCCUGAUUAGCUGAUCUGAGUCUGGGUUGCACUUCUCAUUUACCUGCCUCCGUGGGGUUAGAGACUGAGGAAGGGUAGCUCCCUCUCUGAGUCCCCUCAUCCUCGUCUUCCUCCCAGCCCUCCUCCAGCCUGUCCUCCUCUUCUUCUCCUCCUCCUGGGCUGUAUUUUGUUGCUGCUGCGUCACACUUCCUGCUCUGGAGCCCCAGGCUCCUGCACUGGGCCUGACACUCCCACCAUUUGCGCACAAUGCUGAGCCUCCUCAGACGCUCUGAGAUCAGCUCGUACGUGCUCCUGCUUUCGGAUACGUGCUGAGCACCCACCUCGUCCCACACUGAUAUGAGAGCCAGCACCUCUGCCUCCUCCCACUGCUUUUCCACCAAGCCUUUGUCGUCCACCACCACCUCUCUGUCUGCUCUUUGUCUCUCUGCUGCUCUCUCCAUGACUGAGCUGACCUGGAAACGCUUUCUUUUCCCCAAUCCGCCUGUCUCUGCUGCACGGUUCCCUAGGCAACCAGGCGGCUAAGCCUGAAAGCAACGCCUCCAUGCAGGAAAGCAGCCUCACCACUGGCUUAAGCUGUGUGCUGAGGGGGCGGGCCAGCAGUAAUCUGAGAAGCAGCUUGGUGAAAAGGCUGAAGCUGCAGCAAGACGACUCCCUGUAACAGCUCUACGGCAGACAUGUUGCUGUUUUUUUAAAUCCUGAUCCUGCCUCACAUCAGCAGAAUUAAACCAGUUUGCUUUGCCCCCAGGCUCAUGUGGAGCUUCCACAGCUGAACAAGUUUAAUCAUGUUUACACCACCAGGGAACAGACUGAGAUAUCACUCCUUAUGAAACCCCACUGAUGUACUCUCCUUUGUGUGUGUUUGUGUCUGCAUAUAGGGGUCAGGAGAGCGCCGGCAUUGUCCUGAGUAAUGGAGCCAGCCCCCCCACAUACACAGCCCACAAGGUAACACUCAGCAUGAUGUUCAAUAGAGCUGCUUUUCUUGCAGGUAUAUCAGAAAAAACAAGAAAAAGUGCCCAAACACAGUGUGGAAAGGAUGAAAUCAGGUUACUUUUAUUUGCACACAUGGAUGAAUUUGUUUUAGGGUGAGUCAGAAAAGUUUUCACACACACCAGAUAAACAUGACAAAGUCACAAUAAUGCCUGAAAUGGUCAUUAAAAAUUAAAAUAACUAAAAUUUUAAAUAUACCAAAAAUCAGUAAAACAAAUGAGAGCAAAAAUAUGCAAUGAUGAAUAGUUUAAGUUGUUUUUAUGAAUAAGAAUAAAUGUGAGAAAGCUAAUGAAUAAUCUAUUUUUCCAGAACAAAAAUAAAGAAAUUCCACAGGCAAAAUAAGCUUAGUUACAAAACACAUGUUUAGAUACCUCGUGUUUGUUAUGUUUAAUAAUCUGGAGUGAUACAGGAGUAGGAAUGAACUUCUUUGAAAUUGAAACUGCAGCAUGGUCUGCACACUCAAAGGAAUAACCAAAUUCCGCUGUUGGAUGACAUCCAACUGAUGAAGCCGAUCCAAGUGAGCACAAAACUGCAGAUCCUCCAGUGUCCACUCGAGGCUGAAGAAAGCCAAAGGAAACCAAGAUGGAAGAACUGAAAUCUUUUGAUUUUUCAACGUAUUUGCUUUGGAGAUCCAGUCCACACAAGGUCCAGUCCACACAUACACAUAUAUAUUUUUUAAACCUCAACUCUUUAUGUCCAUUUGACCUCCAAUCCACACAUAAACCAGGAUUAUGUCACUGAAAACAGAAAUAUUUUAAAAGUGCCUGUACACAGGGGAAACGCUGACGGAUUUGUGCUUGGCAAUCAUUGUUCACACGCACCAAGACGGCAGGCUACAUGUCUGUGGACUUAUAAGAUGUAAUAAAUGUUCACAUAGGAAACCCUCCUGUUCAUACAUGCGUGCUGUUAAAUAGUUUUUUUUUAAUGUCCUACUUGGUACAGAGUACAAAAGCACUGUUUAUGAUUGCUGCUUGUCAGAAAGGAUGCUAAUCACAUGCACACAAUGCCACCAACUGGUCAGGCACAAUUAUGCAAGGAUUUUUAACUGUCUCUGCACUGAGGUGUGGAAAGAAAAAGAUUCAAAAACAACUCUACUGGUGUGGGCGAGAUUUUUGUUUUUUGGAAAAUGAAGAGGAAAAAGAUUCUGUUUUUGAAAAUAUGCCUGUGGACUUAUUACCUGUCCUUAGUUUACAAGUUUUACAUUAAGAGAGGCACAGCUGACUGGACUGACAGGCAGGCAUGCUAUUCCUGUUAGGAGGCAAAAAGCUACUUUAACUCUGCCUCUUAGCAUGUUGUUUGGUUGCCCCAAAGUGAGGUUCAGAGAGCCUUUUCUACAUGGUGUCUGAUGCUUAUUGGCUCCAAAACUUCAGAAAAGAAUAGAUGACACCACAGAGACUACUAAGCAAAGUAGAAGUACUUUGAUUCUUUGCAUGUGCAAAAUGUUAAACUGUGUGUGAGUGCAUGGAUUAGAGUGAGCUUGAUGUCCUUCUACUUAAAACACACUCCUACACAGAUCUGCCUCUGCACCUGCACAUCACAGCCUACAGAUCAGCUCCGCACAAAACGCCUGUGCAGUCAUCGGCAGCUUUAUUUGUAGCAAAGAAAAUCUUUGAUAUUUUUACAGUAUAUAAAAUAACCUUUACGAAUUUGUAUAGAAAGAAGUCAAGUAUCAGAGAAAUCAACACUUUUUUUUCCUGCAACAACAAAUCCAACCAUACAACUGUGACAAUCCUACUCUAACUAAACAAGAAUGAAGAGAAAAUAAAGAUAAGAUGAUUAAAAUGAUCCCUGCUAGUUUAUUAUUUUGUUUAAAAAUCUCGUGAUCAUUUCCUCUCAGGGGGAAUUUUUGUCUUAUUUUAGUUAUUGGAGCUAGAGAGGUGCAAAACCUCAACAAAUGUAAAUUCACCAUUCACUGCAGCAUCAAAGUGGUAAUAGUCCCAAAUUUUUAACAGAAACCCUUUUUUUUUUUCACACCAUGAAUGUCUUGCAGUUUUUACCCGAAAUAUAGAACAAGUUUAACCUCCACACUGAAGUCUGUAAACUUUGGGCCAGAAAAGGUUGUAAAUUUGGAUGUAAAGAGUAGGAACAUGAAUAUUUUCUUUGUGAUUUUAAUGCACAGCUUUGUUGUAUGUUUAGGGGAUGGGAUUAGUGAGCACGGCAUUCCCUCCUGAGGCACUCAUGAAGCUUCGGUACGGUAACCUCGGGAUUUGUCACACCCGUUACUCAACCACGGGGAUCUCAGAGCUGCAGAACUGUCAGCCCUUUGUGGUCGACACUCUGCACGGACAGAUCGCCGUGGCUCACAACGGAGAGCUGGUCAACGCCCACGCCCUGAGGAAGAAGGUUAGAAAGACUGAACCAGAGGCCAUAUUCACAAAGUUUAUAGUCUUAAGAGUUGCUCCUAGUGUAAGAAAAAUUCUAACAGUCAUGAAUAUUUUCUAUAAGUGCAGACUACGUCUCAAAAAAUAAUUCAUAAACAUUUUGCUCUUAAGAGAGCUUAUGAGGUAUGAGGAUGAAACAGCAAAAAGACGGUGAGGAAGUUGAGAAUUCACUCAAACAAUGAACGAUGGUGGGCUAAUUCAAUGCGAUAGGUUAGCUGUUGCUGUGAUGAUUACGCUCCCAUGGCAACAGUUUCCCCCGUGAUCUUGGUCUCCUAGCAGGUGAUGCUCCUGUAAGAGGCCUGUUAAUGAAGAUGUAGUGAAACUCAGAGCACAGGAUUACAUCAAUAUCAACAAGCUGCACUAGAAUACAUUAGAGUUUCCUGAUUACCAGAGAGAGAAAAACGGACAUAGAAGGUUGUAGAGUGAGAGCUGAUCACUCAUCCUUCUUUGCUGAUCAUAUAUGUUAAUAAUGUGUAAAGGGUCACCCUGAACAGUUUCUAUGAUCAGGCUGAUUAACGUUACCACCUCCUGUGUCCGUUAUCGCAGAGAGAGCAUUUGUUUUUCUCUUUUUGUGCAUCAACCAAUCACAGCUUUAAAAGAGUUGGAGAAUAAAUCUACUUCAAAAUGCUGCCGUACAGCUAAUGUGUGAAAGUCAUCUUGAGCACUUAAAUUAUAUGUCACUUUUUUGCCGAUGGUUAUAUCAGCAGAAAUGUUCAUACCUGCCAAUACAGACAGUUAACUUUUUUAAAGAAUUAUCUACCAAUACCGACAUUUUGCUGGUAUUAUCUUUUACCCCUAAGAAGAAUAUGUGAUACAUGUUUCCACAUUUUCAAUAUCCACUUAUUUGCUCAGUUGAUUUUGUUGCAUUUUCCAUUUUUAUGCUUUGAAUCUGUGCCAAAAUAAUCUUCUCUGAAAAAACACCUGUGCAGGUGAUGCGUCAUGGAGUUGGCCUCUCCACCAGCUCAGACAGUGAACUCAUCACUCAGCUGCUGGCUUUCACUCCACCGAUGGAGGAGCUGGAUGCACCAGACUGGGUGGCCAGGUCUGUGUUUUCAGUGAAUUCUGUAAACAUUCACAGUUUUUUUCCAUCCUUUUAAUCCCCCUUUUCAUUGUUGUUGUUGUUUUGGUUUUGUAGAAUAAAGAAUCUGAUGACCGAGACCCCCACAUCCUACUCUCUGCUGGUGAUGUAUAAAGAUGUCAUCUACGCAGUGAGGGACCCAUAUGGGAAUCGUCCUCUCUGUAUCGGGCAGCUGGUUCCCAUCUCCAAACUGCACAGCUCAGGUGUGUCCGUCCUGAAAGGCUCUGAAAGUCUGCUGCUAAUCCGUCUGCUGCUUCAGUCUGCAGAGUUUGAUUGGUAGAUGGAUUGAUGAGCUUUCUGUCGUUUUUUUUUUUUUAGGUUCUGGAGAGGAAGACACAGAGGGUUGGGUGGUUUCCUCAGAGUCCUGCAGUUUCCAGUCCAUUGGUGCAAAGUUAGUUUGACCUCCUGUAAAAGUACCUGCGCUGCAAAGAUUGAAAUAACCCCACCCUCCAUCCUUUAAUGAUCCUCCUCCUCCUCCUUCCUCCCUCAGAUACUACAGAGAGGUCCUACCUGGAGAGAUAGUCCAGAUAUCUAAACACGGCGUGAAGACUCUGAGUGUAGUCCCCCGUCCUGAGGGAGACCUUCCUGCAUUCUGCAUCUUUGAAUAUGUUUACUUUGCCAGACCAGACUCCAUAUUUGAAGGUUUGAAAAUUAUUAUGAAGUACCCUUUCUGCCUUUCUGUACAUGAAUAUUUCAACACCCUUCCACCUGUAGAUCUUGUUUUUCUCACAAACAAGAUAAAAGCUUGUACAGCAACAUGUUGUCAUCUUGACUCGUGUCAUAGAUCUGUCAUAUUGCUGUUGCCAAAUAUUAAUACUUUAAUUAAGAAAUAAUUCAUUUUCCUUUCCAGCUUGACUCACCACAUUACUACUUCAUAACCUUGUAUUGUUGCUUAUGACAUUAAUUCUUCUGAACUGUGAGGGACAUUUUAAAUUCUCAAGUUAAUAAGAUAUCUUUAUGUUUUUGCUUGAUUGUCUUGCAAAAUAUCAGUUAUUGCAGGAUUCCUGAAUUGUCAUAUUAUCCUUAUGAUACUGUACCAGAAAUCAUUUCAUAACAUGACUUACUCUAUGAUUUCUACCCCAAAUCUUUACAGAGACAGACCUCUUUGCAAGGAAAAUGAUUUUUCUUUAUAAGAGGUUACAUCUGUAACAUCACUUUUUUUUAAGGCUGCCGGAUUUUAUUGACAAAAACAGGAAUAUAAGCUCACAGAAGACAGGACUUACUAACCCACUGUUAACUUUGGGGAUAUAGGGUCACAGUGUGGAUGCUAAAAAAUUUUGAGAUCAUGAGAACAAAAUCAAAGUUUUACAAAAACAGUCACAAUGAAAAAAAAUCAUCACUCUUAAAGAAAAAAUCUUAAAUUUAUUACAUGAAAAUUAAAAAUUAUUAAAUAAAGAGUUGAAAUGUUAAACCUUGAAGUUGUAAAGUUACCAAAGUAGUCAGCAGAUUACAAAAGUCACAAAUUUACCAAAUAUGUUUUAAACAAAUUAAAAGGAGUCAAGUGGAAAUAUUUCAAAAUAAACCUGUAAGUUCUUACAUUUAAGGUCAUAAAUCUACAGGGAUUCAUUUGUAACUUAACAGGAUUAAAUUCUCAAAUGGUUAAAGUUGUAAUCUUGUUGGAAUUAAGUUUUAAUUUUAAGAGAAUUAAGUCACACAUACAGGCUGUGAUUAUUCCUUUCCACAUUAGUUAGCUCUUUGGUUACUUCAUAGUGUGCUGCUGGUAUGCUACCAAACUGAGUAUUGUAGUCAUUGAUGUCCCCUACACCACGCUAACUGCAGACAAAAAUUACAACUCUGUCCUCAUUUUGAAAUCUCAUUUUUGUUUCUUCAAUAAUUUGGUCCCAACACAGCUUUAAGCAUUAUCCCAAACAGGUCGCUGUAGUUUUUGUGAAUUCAUCCCGGACCAUGAUUUUUCCAAAAAUGUGAAAAAAAACAUCUCUCAUAGAAGUAAAAGCUCUUCUUAUGCUCAGUAUACCGUGCUCUACCCUCCUGCAGGACAGAUGGUGUACACUGUCAGACAGCGCUGUGGUCGGCAGUUAGCCAUCGAGGCUCCCACAGACGCAGACGUGGUCAGCACAGUGCCAGAGUCAGCGACUCCUGCUGCUCUUGGUUACGCUCAGCAGGUCAGUCUGUCUGAUUCAUGAAAAACACUGAUAUACUGUCCUCCUGACGGAGCUCAGUCCUCUCACACUGUCCUCGUCCCCACAGUCUGGUCUGCCGUAUAUUGAGGUUCUGUGUAAGAACCGCUACGUCGGGAGAACAUUCAUCCAGCCAAACACCCGCCUGAGGCAGCUGGGAGUCGCCAAGAAGUUUGGAGCUCUGACGGACAACUUUGCAGGAAAACGAGUGGUGCUGAUAGACGACUCCAUCGUCAGGGGAAACACCAUCGCCCCCAUCAUCAAACUACUGAAGGAGGCGGGGGCAACAGAGGUCAGAAGAAUGAGGAAAUCAGGAAAUGAUACACACUUAAAUUAUAUGUCAAAGUAUGAGGGCUGCAUUAAAGAUAGAAAAAGAUGAUAAGUUAUAGCUAGUUAUAUUAUGACUUCAUUCUUAUAUCAUGACUUUUUCUAGUUAUGAGACUUCAUUUAAAUAUUGUGAAUUUUCUGAUAAUACUGAGACUAUUUUUGUAAUAAUGACUCUUUGACCUUCAUUAUGGUAACGUUGGGCUGUAACUUUUACAAACAUGAAUGAAUCAAACUCCUAAUAUAUUUUUUUCACAGUAUGACUUUAUCUGUAUUUCAUGGCAUUAUGACCUUUUCUCAUAAUUUUACCAUUUUACUUUAUUUAUAUAACUUUGACUUUAAUUUCUCCUGACCUAUUGCAACAGUUCUACUUUAUUCUUUAAAUCCAAAGUUGUUUUCCUUAAUGUGGCCCCAAUAUUUGUGAAGUUUAUUUAUUUUUUCUUCAUUAAUUUUGAUUUUGCUUGAAAGGAAGCUCCAGAAAACUAAGUAAUAAGACCGAAAUAUCUGUAUUUCCUUCCUGCCAGGUCCACAUCAGGGUCGCCUCUCCACCAAUCAGGUUCCCUUGUUACAUGGGCAUUAACAUCCCAACCAAGGAGGAGCUCAUCGCCAACAAGCCGGAGUUUCAGGACAUUGCGGGACACAUUGGUAAGUCCAUAUCACAGACAGAGGCUGUAUUAACAAGGAUGAUAUUUUGAGAACAGGAUAGAAACUUCCAAACCAGGCCCUUUUUUAAACAAACUUUUGGGUCCAAAUGGCUGAGUAUGAAAAGUUUUGAAGCUGCGUCGACAGACUUCUUCAGCCCACAGCUACAAAUGCACUACAUAAUGCUUUGGGUGCAAGUUUGGUCAUUUGAAACAAAAGGUGUACUUCAAAUGUGCUCAAGCACUCUCAGCUACCCCCUCAUGUCCCUGCUCUCUGGUGUGAAACCACUGCAGAGGUCAGUCAGUCAUUUUGAUCUUGUGUGAACAAGAUAACCUGAACUCGGUCCCUCUCAACAGAGUAGUCUGUCUGUCUGUAGGGAUCAUCUAACCUGAGCCUGACAGUGACAAAAAUGAAGAUCUCUCUGUGGAUGCAUUUGAAAGUAUCAUCAGGGGCAUUUGCCGGAAUUGUUUUGCAGACAUUAAAUGCACCACAAAAUAUGAAAACAAGGCCCCGGGUUUUAGGGUACCUGAAUUCUCCUGCAGAUAUUUCUGAGUCUUUAUCGGUCAAACUGUCUUCCAGGUGCAGCCAGUGUUCAGUAUCUGACCGUGGAGGGUCUGGUGACGGCGGUGCAGCAGGGGAUCAGCUCAUUGCAGGAGAAAGACAAGAUGAUCAGCUCCAGUAACAAGACCAGCAGGAGGGUGGGCCACUGCACCGCCUGCCUGACUGGAAAAUACCCGGUGGAGCUGGAGUGGUAACAAGUGUAGUAAAAAAAGACCAGCUGUAGGUGCUGGGAGAGAGAACUAUAGUUACUGCAGCUGCACAGUGGAGUCACCUCCACCACCACAGCUGAAACACGUGAAUAAAUGUUUCUGUAGAGCGAAAGAGGAGAGGUCAGGCUUGUUCAAAAUCUACCACUGAUGUCUUAUUCUUGUAGAGGGGCUAACAUCCUGCAGCUCCUGCUUUUCUGACCUCCAGGCUGUAGAAACCUGCUGAUUACUACAACCUAAUCACUGCUGAAUAUUUCCACCACAUAAUGCUGAUUUUGUAGGUCUUUGUUGUAAAUGUAAUUUCCAGAAAAUGUCAUUGAACUAGUUUGUAAUUGAGCAUUAGUUCACCUGUCAGCAAAACGCACAAGGCUAGAGACCAAAAAGUUAGUGUCUUCGUUUUCUUCAUCCUUUGUAACUUUUUUACUUUUACAGAAAAAUUAACAAUGGUCCUGUUUCCUUUUUGAGCUGACUGUUUCAUAUUUUGCUUUUUGUCUUUCGUCAUUUCGUGAAUAUUUGCAAAAGAUAAAUAAACAGAACUGUAAUAGAAAUAA